AUGCCAAGAAGUAAAGGAAAGAUUUUAUAUAUUGAAAAUGAUACUCAAAGGAAAGCCACAUAUAAGAAGAGACAAAAAGUAGCCUUUAAAAAGGCUCAAGAAAUUAGUACUCUGUGUGAGUGUGAAGUAGCUGGCGUCAGAUAUAGUGAGUACCACAGAGAACCUAUGGUAUAUCCAAAUUAUGAAGAUGCAGUAGAAACUUUUAGGAAGUUUGAGGCGCUUCCACCAGCUGAUCAAUCAAAAAACAUGAUGACGACAGAAGAGUUUAUGAAGAAAAUUAUAGAAAAGAAGAAGGAACAAUUAUACAAGCUACAAAAGGAAAAUGAUAUGAAAGAAAAGACAAAUAUGAUGCAUGAAGUGGUAAAUGGAAAAAAGAUUUCCAUUGACAUGAAAACUAAUGAUCUUAAUGAUCUAAUGUAUGUCAUGAAACAAAAUUUGAAAAAAUUUCGCAAACUGAAAAUUAAAGCUGAUGAAGAGGGUUCUGCCUCUCAACCAAUUUCUUCUAGUGGAACCAACUCCGAGGCUCAAAUAAUUCCUUCAUCUCCUUCUGCUGAAAUGCUCCAAGAAUUAGUUCCGCAAAUGUAUUCUUCUACACCUCAACAAAUGGACUCUUCAAUGAAUAACUAUCACAACUAUUCAUCGUCGGAGUCAAUCGAGUGGGAUGAUGAUAGUAUUAUGUCUUUUUUGAUGAUUCAUAUCUCAACAACAUUAAUGUUCAAGAUCCAAACCAAAAAAAAUAACUUCUAA